UACCCCUGGUCUAGGUGUUUACAAUGUUAUGCUAAGAUGACUUGCUUGCUUGAAUGUAUUGUGUGCACCAAUUUAGUCGGAGUUGAGCAAUACCUACAAAGUACUAUUUCACUUUGAAAACACUUUUUUAGUCACAAGAUGGCCUAUGAUAAUGGUUAUGAUGAUUUUUGCAAUGAUUGAUUGACUGAUGCCUUCAGCCUUCAGAGGUUGGUUCAGGUCUCUUUAAAUACAACCCUAUCCACAGAUCUGGUUUCUCCCAUCAGGGCUUUCGUGAGGCUCAGGCAAAGAUUCGGAAUCGGAGCACUCUCUUUGAGGCGGUGGCCAGUCAUUCAUUUGACAAGGACGAGGAGAAAGGCUCUGUCCUGUUCAGCAGCAAGCGCAGCAGUCCAACCAGCAUGUCUCAGGAGAAUCACCAUGGCAAUGAGGAGGAGUCCCGACCCAAUGGGAUUGUGAGGCACAGAACAAGUUUACCAGCAUCCAUGUUCUCCAGAAAUGACUUCAGCAUCUGGAGUAUCCUGAGGAAAUGCAUUGGCAUGGAGCUGUCUAAAAUUACCAUGCCAGUGAUUUUUAAUGAGCCCCUGAGCUUCCUUCAGCGUCUGACAGAGUACAUGGAGCACACGUACCUCAUCCACCAGGCCAACGCCUCCUCUGACUCCAUAGAGAGGAUGAAGUGUGUGGCAGCGUUUGCUGUGUCUGCUGUGGCUUCCCAGUGGGAGAGAACUGGGAAACCCUUCAACCCGCUACUGGGAGAGACCUACGAACUGGUCAGAGAGGACCUGGGGUUCAGGUUGAUCUCAGAGCAGGUGAGCCACCAUCCACCAGUCAGUGCGUUCCACGCCGAAGGCCUGAAGAAAGACUUUGUGUUCCAUGGCUCCAUCUACCCCAAACUCAAGUUCUGGGGCAAGAGCGUGGAGGCUGAACCCAAAGGCAUCAUCACACUGGAGCUUCCCAAGUACAAUGAGGCCUACACAUGGACAAACCCUACAUGUUGUGUCCACAACCUCAUCGUGGGGCAGCUGUGGAUUGAGCAGUAUGGCAACGUGGAGGUGCUCAACCACAAAACUGGAGAAAGAUGCUGUUUGAAUUUCAAACCCUGUGGCCUUUUUGGCAAGGAAUUGCACAAAGUUGAAGGCUACAUUCUGGACAAAAGCAAAAAGAAGGUCUGUUCUCUCUACGGAAAGUGGACAGAGUGUAUGUACAUUGUGGAUUAUGCUGCAUUGGAGGCACAUAAGAAAAGUGGGAAGGGGACAGCGGAAAAGAAAAGCAGCAAACCGGGCUCUCGUGAGGAAGCGGAGGAGAUCUCCCUACCAGAGGCUGACACAGUCGAGGUCAUCCCAGGCAGCUAUCUCCUUUGGAGGAUAGCCCCCAGACCAGUCAACUCUACAGAGAUGUACAGCUUCACGUCGUUUGCCAUGCAACUGAACGAGCUGGAUAAAGAUAUGGAUGGGCUCAUCCCAAAGACCGACUGCAGGCUUAGGCCAGACAUACGAGCCAUGGAGAACGGAGAUAUUGAUCUUGCAAGUGAGGAGAAGAAGAGACUAGAAGAGAAACAGAGAGCUGCAUGUAAAACCCAUUCCAAAUCUGAUGACGAGUUGAAAACAAAAAACCCUGCCCUCGGCCCCAGGUGGUUUCAACAGGGUCAGAAUCCCCACAAUGGCUCCCAGGACUGGUUGUUCUCCACUGGGUACUGGAACCGCAACUAUCCCCUGUUACCUGAUAUUUACUGAUGGACAUUCAUUCCUUGAAUAGUGAGAUUGAUUCUUAUCCACGUCAACUUCCUUAUCUAUCAUGAAUACAUUAAAGCCUUAAUUUAUUACAAUGAAUACACUAUGUAUGAAAAUAGCAAUAAUAGAUGUAUUUGUGAUACAAAAUGUUCCUAAUGUACAGCUGUUUUGUGCCCACAACUUUAUUUCAUUUUUCUGUUACAAAAAAAUAACUGCACUCAUAUAUACAUGUGGUUGGGAUUUAUUAGUUUAUAACACUUAAUUUCUGAUAUUUUAAUGUGUUAUCCCACAGUCCUACUUACUGAUCUAAUAUUCUGACUACUUGUAUUUUAUUUUCUUGUUUAGUCCAUCCACACAGAACAUUAAGAAGAGUGUUUUGCUCACAUGUUUUAUUGAUGGCAAAAAUCCAUGUAGCCAUCACAAGUUGGCUGAUCCACGUCAGUUCAAGCCACCACAAGGUUUACUUAAAGCGACCCUUUUGAAGGGGACUCUAGGACGCGCCCUCCUUCCUUCCUCAGCUUCCAUCACGUAGCUGAAUGGUACGUAGGCGGCGGGGUGAGCAGGGGCCAGGGCUUUUCGCACCGAGUGGCCAUCCAUCGGUACAUAGACAGGAACGUAUUUCAUCGUUGACCUCGGCUGCAAAGGCAGACCAUAGGAACUGUGGUCACUGUCUGUUGGAUAGUAGCUGCUUGACAUCAGGGUAGGGUAAGCGCAUCGUCGCCUGGUCACUGCAGGGCCCUCAUUCCAGCAAUUAGUUGUUGUCGAAGUCCGACAGGAUUUGAUUUGCGUCUGCUGCUUCAAACGACCAGUAGUGUGAGGCCUAACCAUUACGCACCGUGGCACGUGUAUGGCAAGAGGCACCGUGCUCUCUGCAGCGCAGUGGCACAGGUUUAUUUGAGGUUGACAAACAGGCGAGUAGUCGUAUGCGCACUGAUUGUGCAGUAGACCUGGGUGGUGGGUCGGUAAUAAGUGGGAAUAACUGGAGUCUUGUGGCGUAGAAUAGUGGCAGGCGCACUCUUGAUGAUACCUUAGCUGAGCGCAACAGCAUGGCGCAUGAUAUUGUAUUGGAACGAAUAAUUUUCCACGACUCUCACCCUUACUGAUAUGUUGACCUCUCCAUGCUUUGUCGUCAUGGUUUGUUUCUGGUGACACUUCAUAAUCUCUUGGGUGCUCAGUAUCUUGAUAGCCUGACAGACAAAAACAAAGAUGAAACAUCACCAACCCAUUUUAUUAUGCCAUCUUUUUAUAGUGCUGCUCUGAUUUAUGUAUUUAAAAAACAAAAACAUGUUUAAUUGAUCAUUCAUGGCGAGAAGACAAUUAAGUAAUUUUUUCGAAAUACCUUGUUCAGAAUGCACAACUGCUGCAGCGUUGCGUGAGCGUCUCUCAUUCGUGCACCCUGAAGGUCUAUCGGCUGAGCUCUGGGUGAAGGAUUUCCCUGGCACUUGCGCCCAUGCAUCGAUCCGAACUCUUCGUCGGUUAGUGGUCGCUAUGACCUGUGUUUUGACACCGUGGCUUUCCCUCUUGGGUCCCGUAGUUGUUGCUGCAGCUCUUUGUCCUACGGGAGACUGUGACUGUGGAAUUGUGGAAGCAUCUCCUCUUGGAGAGGGAAGCCCUUCGGUCACUAGUAUUGUUUCACGUUGUUCUGGGGCUUUGCUGAGGUCAUGGACUAACUCUCUUAUCCCGUCGACAUGUUUACAUGGUGUGUCGAGUGUUUCUUUGUAAUUUAGUGUGAUUCGGGUUACCUUGUUCUCAGUGCAUGGAUUACUGGCCGCCUGGACAGGUGCGUCUCCGACCGUCCCGUUUUCCGAACCUCCGCUUGAUCGUGUAUUGGCGGGCUUGUUGGGGGCUCCACCUUGUUUGGCUUCAACUUCUUGCCCUCGUGCGUUCACCGACUGUUUUACACUGCUUGAUUUAAGUCUCCAGUCAAUUGUAACAGGCGAAAUACACGGUUGAUUUACCACGAGGGCAGAUUUGGGUCGUGCGUAAUUAUCUUGGCCACCGUUGAUCUGUAAAUUGCUCUCCAUUAUAUGUGUACCUAGGACUGCGUCCCCCUUCGCUGUGGACGAAAUCCUAGUGACCCUAUCUGGAACUGAACGUGAUGGUGAUGUCGGUUCCUCCCUGGUUAAUCUCGAGAGCCCUGGUUGUAUGCCUUCGAAACCAAUCAUUUUCAAUUCUUCCUCAAAACCAUCGUCGUGUAAACUCUCGGCUAAAAAGAAAGAGCCUAUGCACGUUAGAGAAGUCUACUCAAAGCGAUCCAAUAAAUCUAUAUGGAAUUGUAUGGAAGUACUUUUGUAUUUUAUGUUAUAGGCUAGUGAUUGUACUACACGUCAAUUGAAUCAUGUGACAAAGGCAUUCUUGGUAUAAUGAAAUGUGAUUCCUGCCUUGUUCCUUACCCCUAUUUUUGUGGAAAUCUACCACAAGCUUCUUUAUCCCAAAGGACGGGUUCUCUAGAUUCAAGAUAAAAAGCUCAAUCAUUGUCAAUGCAUAAUCCAUGCAAUGCAUAAGGAUGGAGUCCAUUUGUUCCUACCAUUUUUGAAUUUCUUCAGCUCUGUCAGAUAGUAAAGGGCGAAGAGUUUAAGGUUGUCUGGUCUCUUUUUCAGUACAGCCCGGG